AUGUUUCCGGCAGGCUGUCUAGAUAACAAGAUUGUCUUCGCACCGGUAGAUCUCAGUGAUCCGUCUCUAAAGGUUCUCGACGUCCGCUGUGCUGAUGGAAUCCUUUUGAGAGAUCUCAGACAAGAGCUUGCGCCAUCUGCACAACUUGUCGGUUUCGAUUACAUGCCUUCCUUCCUCCCUGAAUUUCCCGAUGGCAACAUUCGCUACACGACCGGAGAUGCAUGUGAACGGCCAGCACCUGACUUAGCCGGAACCUUCAACUUCACUCAUGUUCGUUUCGUCCUACCAGGAUGCGGAAAAGCCGGUGCGGAUCGUGUAGUCUCCAACCUAGCAGAAACACUUGCGCCGGGAGGCUGGCUUCAGAUCCAAGAGAUGGAUCUUUCAGCAGGUCGCACCGAGCAUUUCUCUGCAUUCAACGAGGUUCUUCAACUCUUUGAAGCCGUUUUCGAAGAGGGUGGUAUGGGAGGUCGUUUCAGCUCCAAGUUUGAUGAAUCAUUCACCAAGGCCGGGCUAAAGAACGUGACACUGCAACGCCUCGAGAUCCCCGCAGGAAAGAGAAUUGCGGGCGAAACCCUUCGAAAAUUGUCUAUCGAACCUUUUAAAUUGACAAUUCCAACAGUCAUUGGGGCGGCAAAAGCAAUGGGCCUUGAACUCCCAGAGUCCAUCUUUGAUCGUUUGGAAGAGCGCUUUGAGCAUGAAAUGCUCGAGACAGGGGCAGCUUUUGGCACAUUCGUCGCUUGUGAUCAAAGGCCUCUGCAAUGA